CCCCAGGGCGCUUCCGGGCGGCCGUUCCCAGCGGAGCCUCCACCGGGAUCCACGAGGCCCUGGAGCUCCGUGAUGGCGACAAGAGCCGGUACCUGGGCAAAGGUGUGCUGAAGGCUGUGGAGCACAUCAACAAGACCAUCGGCCCUGCUCUGGUGGAGAAGAAAAUCAGCGUGGUGGAGCAGGAGAAGAUUGACAAGGUCAUGAUCGACAUGGAUGGCACCGAGAACAAAUCCAAAUUCGGGGCAAACGCCAUCCUGGGGGUGUCUCUGGCCGUCUGCAAAGCUGGCGCGGCCGAGAAGGGCGUCCCACUCUACCGGCACAUCGCCGACCUUGCCGGCAACUCCGACCUCAUCCUGCCUGUGCCGGCCUUCAACGUGAUCAACGGCGGCUCCCACGCCGGGAACAAGCUGGCCAUGCAGGAGUUCAUGGUGCUGCCGGUGGGCGCCAACUCCUUCCGUGAGGCCAUGCGCAUCGGCGCCGAGGUCUACCACAGCCUCAAGGGCGUCAUCAAGGCCAAGUACGGCAAAGACGCCACCAACGUGGGCGACGAGGGCGGCUUCGCCCCCAACAUCUUGGAGAACAACGAAGCGCUGGAGCUGUUGAAGGCGGCCAUCGGCCAGGCCGGGUACCCCGACAAGGUGGUGAUCGGGAUGGACGUGGCGGCCUCCGAGUUCUGCCGCGAGGGACGCUACGACCUUGACUUCAAAUCCCCCCCCGACCCCAAACGCCUCAUCAGCGGGGAGCAACUGGGGCAGCUCUACCAGAGCUUCAUCAAGGAUUAUCCCGUGGUGUCGAUCGAGGACCCCUUUGACCAGGACGACUGGGAGGGGUGGCAGCGGUUCCUGGGCCAGGUGGACAUCCAGGUGGUGGGGGACGACCUGACCGUCACCAACCCCCGGCGCAUCCAGCGCGCGGCCGAGCUCCGCGCCUGCAACUGCCUCCUGCUGAAGGUCAACCAGAUCGGCUCCGUCACCGAGUCCAUCCAGGCGUGCAAGCUGGCCCAGAGCCACGGCUGGGGGGUGAUGGUGAGCCACCGCUCGGGCGAGACCGAAGACACCUUCAUCGCCGACCUCGUCGUGGGGCUCUGCACCGGCCAGAUCAAGACGGGCGCCCCGUGUCGCUCCGAGCGCUUGGCCAAGUACAACCAGCUGAUGAGGAUCGAGGAGGCGCUGGGGGACAAGGCCAAGUUCGCCGGGCGCAAGUUCAGGAACCCCCGGGCCAAGUAGGACGAGGACAGACGGGGGCCACCGUCCCCCCCCCCCCCCCCCGGGCCACCAUCACCCCCCCCGGGGGCCACCACGACCCCUGCCCAGGGGUCACUACCACCCCCCCCACCCCCCAAUAAACGUUCUGGAGCACAACAAA